AAGUUAGACUAUAAAUGUAUUCUAUAUAUUUUUUUCUUUUUUGCAUCUUCUCCGCUAAUGAGAAAGGUUGGCGAACCUGACUGUCAGUUUACCCUCCGCUGCUCCUCUCUCCUCCCUCUCCCUCUUCGCUCUGGCUGCGCGCUGUUUUCGGGGGGCUCCUUAUAAAUAAAAUCCACCGUCCCCGGCUCCUCUUCCUUAUUGGUCAGGUGGAGUCGUUACCUCACUCCGGGGCCGGUGACGCAGCGUCUUCGCGUAUCCUUCAUGUGCGUCUCUUCUUGUUUCUUACUGAGAGUCUUGCCGUCGGUCAGAGGGAGAAAACGGAAUUCGCGACGAGCCGAGAGUGCCGGACGGACCGGGUGCGCUCGAUACUAAACACUUCCCAUCCCGGGAGGAGAGCGGCGCACACGAGCUCUCUCUCUCUCUCUCUCCCUUUUUCUCUGUGUCUCGCUCACUCUCUCACACUUUCUCUAUGAGUCUCCCUCUCGCGCGCUCCCUCCCGCACACACACUCACGCCCGCGCGCGCGCACGCUCUGCAUACGUCUCCACUUUGCCGUAGUAAAUUACGGCAUUGAUCUCAACGACGAGUACGGAUCUGUCUCUUGUGUUCGCCCUUUCUUCGACGGACCGACUUGGAGAAACGCUCGAAGGAGAAGUAACUUGUCCUGUGUGCGUCUGUGAGGACCCCUGGUCAUGUCCGUUUAGCUCCCCUGCGUGAUGCCUGAUCAUGACAGCACCGCCCUCCUAACCAGACAGACCAAGCGCCGACGUGUCGACAUUGGGGUGAAGAGGACUGUGGCCAGUGCGUUAUUCAGCCGCGCCAGGGAAACCCUGCUCGAUAGCAUGAACCAAUCACACGGCCCCGAUCAAGACGGAGACUGCUCUUUGGUCGGCCACGGCCACGGAGCCAACAGCGAUGGAGAGAAGUCGAAUGUUUUGAGGAAGUUGCUGAAGAGGGCCAACUCAUAUGAAGACUCCAUAAUGCCUUUCCCUGGUGCUACCAUCAUCUCGCAGCUGCUCAAGAAUAACAUGGGGAAGAACGGAGGGAGUGACUCUGGCUUCCAGGGGAGUGGUGCUCUGUCCAGUGGAGGCUCAGAGAUCCACGCCGAGGACGCCUGCAGCAACUCCUCCCGCGACAGGGACAGCCCAUCUGACUGCCUCUCUCCUGGGCCUCCACUUCCUCCUCCAUCUUCCUCCUCCUCCUUUGGUCGACCACCGCCUCCUUCAAGCCUCAACUCUCACGCUCCCUCCCAGCCCCUCUCUCUCUCCACUUUCGACUUGGACCGUCUGUCAGACGAGCACCUUCGCGCCAAACGCGCCCGCGUGGAAAACAUCAUCCGCGGCAUGAGUCACUCGCCGCUGGUCCGGCCCAACGGCGAUCACAAUCAAGAAAGCAACCAAGAAAACGAGAACUGCAGCAACAACAGCAACGGCAGCAAUGACCACCGAAGAGACGGCAGCAGCCACAACACCAGCAGCCACAACCACAGCCGGAGCGACGGCCCUUCGUCCCUCCUGAGCUCACCGGGUUCGCGUGGCGGCGUGGUCAGUGUCGGCGAGGUUUACAGGGAGAAUAAGAGGAAGCAGCGGCUGCCACAGCAGCAGCACAGCUUCACCCAGCUGGUGUGUUCCAGGCAGGAGCAGAGACAGGAAGAGAGACGGCAGCUCAAACUGCAACUGGAAGACAUGCAGAAACAGCUGCGCCAGCUCCAGGAGAAGUUCUACCAGAUCUACGACUCUGAGACAGAAGAAGAGGAAGACAACGCCGAGGGUGGAGAGGCCGACCGAGGUGCAGAAAGAGAGGAGGACGGCAACUUGUCAGAGGACAGUAUCCGCUCUGACGGCCUGGAGGAGAGGCACAGAGACCGAGGACGGCACAGCAAUGACGACCUCUCUGAGCUGGACCCGGGUUUGUUUCUGGACCGGGCCCGAGCCCUCCUCCGAGAACAGGCCCUGAUAGACGGAGAGAUAGAGGAGGAUGUUGAUGGCAGGGAGGAGGAGGAGAGAAAUGUAGAGAGGGUGAUGAAGAGGAGAGGAGGAGCAGCAGGAGGAGGACGGCAGUUAGCAGAGACACUGAAGCAGGAGUUGAACUGCGCCGUGUCGCAGGUCGUCGACACCGUCGUUAAAGGUUUCUCCUCGCCCAAGCAGGCCGUCAAUCACCAUCAUGGCUGCCACAGCAGCACACCAGCUGCACCCUCCUCUUCCUCAAACUCGUCCUCUUCCUGUCCUCCACCUUUCGGCUCUCUCCCCUCCCUUACCCCGGACUCACGCUUUGGCGGUGGCGCCCUGGCCCUCAGUAUGAAUGGCGAUGGCAGUCCGACCCCUAACUACCACUCCUCCAACCAAAGGCUGCACUGCUUCGGUGAUGUCAUCGUUCCAAGCCCACUGGAUUCAUUCGGUGGUUUGAGUGGCAGACUGAGCGGUGUGCCGACGCCCAACGACCAAACAGAGGCGCUGCCGCUGGUGGUGCGCAAGAGCAGCGGAGGAGGUGGUGGAGAGAACACUCACCCCUCUCUUCCUCCUCCUCCACACCAUCCCUCCCUCCACCCCUCUCCCCUCACGGCCUCGCUCGGGUUUAGCCCUCCAUCUUUUCGGCACCCGUUCCCUCUUCCCCUCAUGGGUUACCCCUUCCAGAGCCCGCUUUCACACGGAGGUGGAGCCGGCUACCCUCCAGGGCCUAAGGACCAUCAUCGGUCCUCCCCCGACUCCAUGGACAUGAACCGGGACACUGUCAGCCUCAGAACCAAAAUGACGUCCCUCGGAGGGGGCCAUCUCAGUCAUCACCACCACCACCACAGGCAGAGCUCGCCAGGCCAACACGGGCCCGAGGGUCUGUCCCUGUCCCUCAUCAAGUCUGAAUGUGGGGACCUCCAAGACAUGGCUGACAUAUCGCCCUACUCAGGCAGCACCAUUCAGGAGGGUUUGUCUCCCAACCACCUGAAGAAGGCCAAGCUGAUGUUCUUUUACACCCGCUACCCAUCCUCCAACAUGCUCAAAAUAUUCUUCUCAGACGUCAAGUUCAAUCGCUGCAUCACCUCCCAGCUGAUCAAGUGGUUCAGCAACUUCAGGGAGUUCUACUACAUCCAGAUGGAGAAGUUCGCCCGGCAGGCCAUCAAUGAGGGUGUGACCACCACUGAGGAGUUGGUGGUGGGCCGCGACGCCGAGCUCUUCAGGGCGCUCAACAUGCACUACAACAAGGCCAAUGACUUCGAGGUUCCUGAACGAUUCCUGGAGGUGGCCCAGGUUACUCUGCGUGAGUUUUUCAACGCCAUCGUGGCUGGAAAAGACGCAGACCCCUCCUGGAAGAAGGCCAUCUACAAGGUGAUCUGCAAACUGGACAGCGAGGUUCCAGAUGUCUUCAAGUCCCCAAACUGUCUACAAGAACUCCUCCACGACUGACUAAGGCGGGGGAGGAAACGCGGCGAACAAGACAAAAGUCAAAGGACCGUGAGAAGACUGUAAGAAAACACGAGUUUGACUAGGGUUGAGGUCUUUGGUGAAAUGUGUUUGACGUUCGUAACACGCUGCAGAGACUUGAAGUGGUUCUACUUCUGGAGAGGUUUGUUGAUGGUUGUUUUUGGUCAGCCCAACUUCUAAAGACAAACCUGCCCUCAAAAUGUUUUAUAAAGAAAAAAAAUAUUCCUCUUGAGCGAGGCAGAGGGUUCAAACUCAGAGUCGGAAAAUGCUCAAAUUAACAAAUUGUGAGACUUUUAUAAAUUAAAAGCGAAACAGUGAAGAUCCUUGCACUUACAGGAAAGCUCCUCCUUGCCGGGAAAGCCCAUCUUCUCUUUCUCCUCCACCUCGUCCAAUCUCACUCUUCAUCCCUGGAGGAACAAACGGAUGAGGAAGAUGAUGGAUCAAUCCUCAGUGACUUGGGGUCGGGAGCAAACUAAAAAUAAAGAUGAUAAUAUAUAAAAAAAAAUCUUUUUAUUGUGGAUGUUUUUAAGUUACAUGGACAUUUUUGAAAAAAAAGUGAUGUUUCUGUAUUUUUUCUCCUUUGUAUAAGCUUACAGCUCUCUUCUAUGAACCCCUCAGUCACUCACAUAGAUACACACACACACACCACACACCACACACACACAGACAUACACAGACACACACAGACACACACAGACACACCUCAUUAAUAGGAAAGCACAGUAGCAUUCCCAAAUCCUCACCUGAACCCAGACAAACGACAUAAAUAAACUUAGUUGUUGUUUAUUUCCCUUCUUUUUACUUCUCCCUCUUCUUACUGUACUGAGACUUACUGGGUGUUUGUUUUGAUUGUGUGGCUCUCCCUGCCCCACCCUUCCCCUGGCCGCCCCUCUUGGAUCAUGUUGCAUUCAGGCACGCAGAGCAUCAAAGACAAAAAUUGUUUUUAGAUUCAAUAAAAAUCAAAAAUUACCAGUCUAUUUUUUACAAUUU